CUUCCUGCGAUCAUCUUCCUGUUAACAUUUAGUCGACAUCAGUGUCCAGCAGCUGGACCUCAACAUGUCCUUCAUCAUGAACAUGUCUACCAAAGCUGGUUGUCUGUGUUUGAUACUUCUUACACUGAUGAAAGGAGUUUUUCUCUUGACAUGUGGGUUUUCAAACUUUAAUGAAAGCCUGAGUAAAGAAGAAAAAAGUUUUAUCAAUAUCAACUACACCAUCAACGAUACGACAAGUCCUGAUGUUACAGACACGUUUAACGCUCAAUAUGAGGUUUGUGAAGGAAACUCUGUGAAAACUGCAUGUAGAUUUAUUCACUACAAAGACUACAACACCGAGUUUAAGAAGUACGUGAGUGGGAAGACAGGACUCACCUGCUACUGGGAACAACGACACGUGAGCAGCUCUGUGGUGGCUUUAGACAUCUACAUCUCUCAGGUCGUCACCAGGUCACUGAGUGCGAUGAUAUUCACCACUGGCAGAGGUGGGAUACCCAAAAGUACCCGACUGAUACGUGUUGAGGUGUUGUACCCACCGAAGGUCACAAGUCUUACUGUGGGUGGGGAAGACUUUACAAGUCCUUACUUCAUUAACGAGGGCCAGAAAGUCGACAUUUUCUGCUCCUUCGAUAAAGGGAACCCUCCAGAUACUUUCAAGCUUCUUGAUAAACAUAAGCACGAGUUAAAAUCUGCUGGUAGUGACGGAUACCUUAAUUAUUCACUCACUGCCCAGUGUGAAGACUACUGGCCGAUAGUCAGGUGUGAAGGAAGCGGCUCGAAACAGAACAGAUCCGUCACUUUCUUAGUCAGGUGUCCUCCUCAGUUUGUCGAAAACUCCAUGAAAAUCGUCAAUCUACAAACCUUUCAAGUCCUAACAUUUCGUGUCAAGACUUACACAACACUCGUUGCCUGCCUCUUAACACCAGUGGGUAUAGUCAACAAUGUCACGAGGGGGGUUGGCUGCAUCCUAAGUGGUCACCCGCCUGACCUGCUUCUGACCGUCCAUCUUAACAAAGAAAGCAACAUAAGUCAAGGGAAUUGGUCGCUGAUUUUUCGAAAUGAAAUUGGUUCUGCAACAACGACACUGAUCAUCAUUUAUGAUCCAGGUGGGUUUUCUAACUUUACUGAAAGCCUGAGUAAAGAAGAACACAGUUCUAUCAAUAUCAACUACACCAUCAACUUUACGACAAGUCCUGAUGUUACCAGACAGUUUAAAUGCUUGAUUAUAAGGUUUGUGAAGGAAACUCUGUGAGAAGUGCAUGUAUUUUUGUGUUACGACAAAGACUUUAUCACCGAGUUUAAGACGGACUUGAGUUUGGAUGACAGGAGUUACCUGCUACUGGGAACACGACACGUGAGCAGCUCUGUGUGGCUUU